AUGAAUAAAGAUGUUGAAGAUGAUAAACAAAGUUGUGUCAUCGUGAAGUGUGAAAUGUGUGAAGAUAAAAAAAAGAAUGUAAGUAAUGAAACGAAGGAGAUAGUUAGUAUAGGCAAUAACAAAUCACCACAAACAAGCAAUGAAGAAAAUGAAGACUCACCUUUGUCAAGUAAUAAGCUGGCCAGAAAGAUCGAAUGCACAAGUGAAAUGUCUAAUGAUGAGAUCAUUAAAAAAUUGUCUGACGGAUAG